AAAAAACUGGCAGCUGUCAGUUGACGACAAUAACAUUUGUUCGCUGGUUUGUUGACGUGUUUUCGAUUCGCCAUAGAAGUUUUGGAGAACUAGAUUUUCGUUGAUAAUUAAGUUAUAUUAAACAAUUUUGUUUGGGCCACGACAUUUUACUAACACGUUGCAAUGAGGAAGCUGAAGGGAACAGUUAAAGAGACGGCGCGCCAGAAGAGGGAGAGGAAGCAGGAGUUCGCAAAAAUGCGGCAACAAAUCAACACAGUAGUCUUGCCCACCUUUGCGGUGAUAUUCCUCCUCAUUUGCAUUUACGUUUACUUUAAGACCAGACCUACAUCAAUGCAAUACGCGUGAAGCAGUUAUAUAAUGCAGAUACCUUUAUUUAUUGUUGAGUGUACAUAAUAAAUUAUAUUUGUAUAUUGAAUCAGGCCAGCAUUAAAAUCUUUUAUUGAGAAAUGUAUUUAUUAUGGUUGUGACUUAUAUGAGGAAUUAAGGAGCAUGAAAGUUGGAUUGUAAUGUUUAAAAUGUCUAACGCCUUUACUGUUGCAGUAUUGUAGUAAAAUGUUCAGUAGUAUCCAUCGGAUAUACAUUUUGAGUAAUUACUUGUUUCAGAAUGGUUUUAUUACAUUCCAGAAUUUAACAUAUCAAUUUAAUGUAAAUAUUAGAUAUAAAUAAUAUAUUUAUUAAAUUAAAUAAUUGUUGUUUCGUAAUUUAUGUAGAAGCCUUUUUCACAAUUUGGAACAUGCUGUUGUACAUAAACCCACUACAGUCAUAAGUUGCUUUUAUUAGAAUCGUUGUGCAGUCAAUGAGGAUACCUCUAGGGCUUUGUUUGUUUUCGAGAGUAAUAAUUUUACAGCACACUCACUAAUGUUUAUUGAUUUGUACAUGUAAAUUGAUAAGUGUACAAUUGAUUACUGGAACAACUAGUUCGGGUUAUUACAGCUCACAUUUAUUUUAAACGUGACUAAUUUGACAACUUGAAGAUUGCUCUAAAAUAAAAACUACAUAAUCUUAUUUAUUAGUUAGUUUUAGUUGAUAUAUUUUCUGUUUAAAAAUAGUUCACAGAUACUUAUUACUAAAAUUAAAUAAAAUUUAUCAUUA